CCCCGACCUGCAUCUCCAUCGACGCCGUGUCCCAGCAUCUCCAUCUCCAUCUAGCCCGCCAUCAUUGGCGCGCGACGCCUAUCUGAUAGACUUACGUCAUAAACAUUAUCCAUCAUGGCUGACGGCAUCGCUCCAGCGGUUGACAAAGUUGGCGCGCCUGAGCCUACAGCCCCCGAGGCCCUCGCUGGGGCUCCGACUUUGGACACAGCCAAGCCAGAAGUCUCUGAGAACCCCCCAGCUCAAGCUGAACCCGCCAAAGAGCUUCCGAUCGUUGGUGAAACAAAAGGACCUGAAGAGGCGAAGCCGUCGACGGAGCCCUUCAACGUCGUUGAUGCUUUCAAACGCGCCCACCAGAUUCCACGACCCGUCGAGGUCCAAUCUGUUCCCGAGACUCCCGCCAAUCAAUCGGUGAAUGGAUCACCAAAACCAGAGUUAAAUAUCCCCAUGGAGACGGGAGAGUCUCCAAAGCCACAAGAAGAGCCCGUGGUAAUCACCGGCGUUGAAGAGCCGCUGCCAACUCCUGCAGCAUCUGUUCCCAACAGCGACAAUGGCCCUGAUUCCAUUGUCGACAAGCCUGUGACUCCAAAUGGCGACUCAAAGACGGCCGAGAUGGCAGGCGCUCUCCAAACCGGCAAUGACGAUGACAAGUCUGAUGUGUCAGAGAUUGUCAUCGGAGAGAAGCGCAAACUAGCCGAGGGCCCAGCUGAUGUUCCUGCUGCUGCUUCCGACAAGGAAGACUCCGACGAGAGCGAGCCGGCGGAUAAAAAGGCCAAGAUUGACGAUGGCGAGGCGAGCUCCAACGGCGGAGCUCCGAGGAAGCCGGGCCGUCCUAAGAAGAACGGCAACAAGGAAAAGAAGACCGCUCCCCCUCCGGCAGUGGGGAGGACGGCGCGCAAGACUCGGAGUCAGGGGCCAGUGGAGGUCUGAAAGGCGACGGCUGAAACAACGACUUCACGUUCCUUUUUUUUCCCUGUCUUCUAUGUUUUCUCUUUGGCUCUCUUUCCUUGAUCGAUGCUUAACGCCACUUGUUUUUAGUGCCAAAAUGGAUACAGGCCCACGGUGAUACGGCGAAAAAUGGUUCGCUUGAUUGAUGGGUGUUGAAUUUUUUUCUUGUGUCAUGGGUGGUCGCUGUAUAUUUGCCCAAGCUAACUAAAAUGGUUUGCCCCUUGUGUGGCAUGAUGCGGCUUAUGUCCAAUGUUGUAUGUCUUUUGUAACUGUUUGGCUUUCCAAAUGUUAGUUGAAUGCAUUCGCGUUGUAAGUAGUGGAGCUUGAUAACAUACGAGGCUUUAGCAGUUAUAGUUAGCGAUUCUGGUCUACUUAAGAUUCUGCAUGGCCAAUACUUUGAUGU